AUGAAGAAGGUAAUAAGCGGUGUGUAGGAAACGGUAAUCUGCAUAAGCGUCGUGGUAAACAUUUCUAAAGCAGUUGUCCAGUUUCACGUGGUCAUCGACGAAACAAACGCCACCAACCUGCUGGAUUUGGGAAACAUUAUUGCGGAGAAGACUGUGAGUUUGUACAUGGAGGAUAACUCCAGUUACUCCACACGUCCUAAACAUUGGACCUUAUUUGGUGAUCCGGUACAAGGAGCAGCUCAACUCCCGUUGGCUUCCAUGUUUGAUCAGAAGGUGACCUUCAGGACUGGGCUUGAUUUGGACGGAAUUACAAUCCUCAUUAGAGCCGGUUGUCCUUAUUACGCCCUGAAAGAAAUCAUCCGAGGAGGGCUGCAGCGAAAUUUCUUGGUCCCAUUCUUCUAGUAAGUUUGAAAGUGGUUGAAUUAAAUAAGUUUUAGUAACUAUAAAGUCGCAAUUUGUUCAAACGACCAGCUGUUUGUGAAGUUCCAGACGGAGAAAGCGGAUUGGGCCACAAGUUCAUGGAGCAAGUGAAAGGGAAGUCGAUUGCCUCCAUGACGAUAACGCACACAUGUAUGAGGAAAAGGUCCCAGCGGACUCACUGAGUAAUCCGGUUUCCGCGCAAUUAUCUCUUGGGAUUUGUGAGAACUUGAUUGGCUUCGAAAUGGUAAACGGUGUGAAAUUGAGCCCAACAGACAUGCUUGUGAUAGUUCCUUACAAAGGUAAAUCAUCGCUAAGGUAUUACUCUGGUUUUUAGCUCAACUCGGCCAAUAUUCGAUUGAGCUCUUGAAAGAAGAAAACAAGGGCCUUCAUGGAAUUCGAUGUUGCACGCCGGAUAUGAUUGGAAGCGGAGAACGCGCAGUAGUGGUUGUGGACACAGUGAGCAAAAACGGACUGGGAAUCUUGAACGGUUAUCAACGAGACUGGCCGUCUCUACAAAACCGCAGCUCUCUUUUGGUAGCCAUAACCAGAUCGACAGCCGCCAACUUCAUCAUCAUUGCAACGGACGACUCACAGUUAGAUGGAUCUGUCCCAAUUCAUUGGAUGAUCAAUGAAAACAAAGCCUCUAAGCUUCCGGACGUUCACCAUAUCCAUUAUGAGGUAAGAACCGUUUCCUUAGCCAACGAGCGCGUUUAGAAACCUUUCACCGUUGUUAGAAACAACGGUGACUAA